AUGGGCUGUGGUUUCCAGGCUGCUGCCUCUGUGAUGGGUAUCAACAGCACCUCUUGUUUUAGAUCUGCCAUGUCGGAAGGAGUUGAUGCCCAGCCAGUGGCUCUCGGGGCUUCCCGUGUGGAGCUCCGCGUCUCCUGUUGGAGCCUCUCAGAGCGGGAAGAAUCCAUCAAGCCAGACCCGUGUCUGGUGCUGCAACUGCUCAGUGACGGACAGUGGAACGAGGUGGGGCGCUCUGAGGUCCUCCGUGGGUCCCAGAACCCCGUCUUCGCUCAUGUCUUUGCGCUGGACUAUUUCUUCGAGGAGAUGCAGAACUUGAGAUUUGAAGUCUUCGAUGCCGAUGGAGAGAGCGCCGAGGAUGUGGGGCCUGAAACUGGCAUCCCCCUUGGGGUGGUUGAGUGCACCUUAGGCCAGAUUGUCUCCCAUACCAAGGUCACCAAGCCGCUACUGCUGACAAGUGGGGAGACUGUGGAGAACUCAACCAUCACGAUCGAAGCGGAGGAGGUGUCCAGAACCAACGAGUUUGUACAACUGGAAUUUCAUGGGCAAGAGCUGGACGAUAAGGAUUUCUUCAGCAAAUCUGAUCCAUUCCUGGAGAUCUAUAAGGUCAACAGCAAUGAGACGGAGCACUUGGUUUGGAAGACAGAGGUGGUGAAGAACAACCUGAGCCCCCGAUGGGAACCCUUCCGCGUCUCCCUGCAGUCCUUGUGCAGCUGUGACCCGGACAAGACCAUCCGUUGUGUCAUCUAUGAUCACGACUCCAGCGGAAAGCAUGACUACAUUGGCGAGUUCAGCACCACUUUCCAGGAGAUGCUACAAGCUUCCUCCGGAGAUGAGGUGAAAUGGGAUUGCAUUAACCACAAAUACCAAGAGAAGAAAAAGCAUUACAAGAACUCCGGCUACAUCGUUCUUACUCAGUGUAAGAUGGAGAAAGUCCACACUUUCCUGGAUUACAUCAUGGGCGGCUUACAAAUCUCCUUCACGGUGGCCAUUGACUUCACAGCCUCCAACGGAGACCCCCGGAGCGAGCACUCCCUUCACUUCAUCAACCCCAAGGAGCCCAACGAAUACCUGAAGACCUUGUCCUCCGUGGGCGAGAUCUGCCAGGACUAUGACAGUGACAAGCAGUUUCCGGCCUUUGGGUUUGGUGCACGGAUUCCUCCAGACUUUGAGGUGUCUCAUGAUUUCGCUAUCAACUUCGACCCAGAGAACGCAGAAUGUGAAAGGAUCUCUGGCGUGAUUGAGGCGUACAAGCGCUGCCUGCCCCAGAUCCAGCUCUAUGGGCCAACCAACGUUGCACCCAUCAUCAACAAGGUGGCGGCUCCUGCAGCUGAGGAAGAGAAAACAGGGCUGCCGACGAAGUACCGUGUGCUGCUCAUCCUCACGGACGGCGUGGUGAGCGACAUGCCAGAGGCGUGUGAUGCCGUGGUCCGGGCCUCCCGCCUGCCGCUCUCCAUCAUCAUUGUGGGCAUUGGGAAUGCUGACUUCUCCGACAUGCGGGAGCUCAAUGGGGACCGCGGGAUGCUGGAGUCCGAGGAGGGCAGGGCUGUCCGCGACAUCGUCCAGUUUGUGCCCGUCCGUGAGUUCAAGAAGGCUCCCACCAAUGCCCUGGCCAAGUACGUUCUGGCUGAAGUCCCCAAGCAAGUGGUGGAGUACUACGGCAGCAAAGGCAUCGCCCCUGGGACGCAGCGGUCCCCCUCCCCACAGCCCCAGUGAGACCCACAUGCACUUUCCCCCAGGGGCAUGGUCUGUCCAGCACCUUAAUGUGCCUGUUUCUCUUUCCCCACACCUCUGUCUUCCAGCCCUCAGUCUUUUAGGAACCCCCCCUCCCCUCCCCUCUGCCUCUUCUGGUGGGGAAGAGCGAGAAAAAGAGAGAGUGAGCACUUCGCCUCAGGCCUUCACCCAUGACUCAGGAUGGCAGCUGGAACCACACUCCAUCCAGAUGUUCCUAGCUGUUCCCCAUCUUCCUCCCCUCCCGCACAGAUCCUCACCCCAGAUCAGCCUGCAGCAGUGGCUCCUGUCUC